AUGUUGGUCACACGGGUUUCAGAAGUGGCAGAAAUGGAGAUUACCUCAGGACUAACCCCUUUUUGUCAAGGCAAGCCUGGGGGCUGGAGCCUUGCUGGUGUCAUCUUAGGGAUGGGAUGUGCCUGCAGCUGGAGAGGGGGUGAGAAGAACAAACAUUACAACAGAGGAUUUAUUUUAUAUUUAUCCCUGGGAAUAUUCCCAGACCCCUCAGCAUGCUGCUGUGCUGGUAACGAAGUCCCUGCAGUAAUGCUUGUGGCCAAUCCUCUGUCUUGGAGCAUUUUAUUUAAUUUUAUCUUUUCUCAGGAUACAGCCCUCUGUAGUGAGGAGCAGUGUGUGACCAUCAGGCACCACUGCCAAAGUCAUGGAGCUGGAGAUAUAAAUGGCAGGGCUGAUUGCAUAUGUGUCAAACCUAAUUCCUUCCAUUAUGAUUUAACUGAACAGUUCUAUCAAAACCAUCAAUUGUGUGUAUGGACUCUAUUUGUGCCAGAAGGGAAUUACACAUGGCUUUGUUUCUCCCCCUUUUUCUGUGACUAUGAUUCUUUAUCAGUCUGCUCAAAGGAUGACACGCUUGUGGGGAAAUUCUGUGGAGGAGAUCUUGCAUUACCUCUUUUGAUUGGCUCCAAUAGCAUAAGGCUGAAAUUUGCUCCUAAUGAUGAGGAUUGUGGAAUUAGAUUUUCCAUUACCUACAAAGCUCUUACACCAGAUAUUCUUCCUGGUAAGUUUAAACCAAGUAAUGUACCCUGCAGAUCUUGGGAUUUUUUCCAUAUGACUUUCAAAACAAGAUUCACUCUUUCAAUUUUAAAUUUAAAGCUUACAUACCAGUCUUUUGAAGUAGAAGAGAGUGAAGAUUUGUCCUAUGAUGCCAUGACUCUGUAUGAAGAUGUGGGAAAAGAAGAGGAAAUUGUUGAGUCUUGUGGAUUUGCCCUACCAGCAUGUGCUCCAAGCUCCUCUGCUGUGAUGCUGGUUGUUUUCCACCCUGAUGAGACAGAGACCUUUGCAGGAUUCAUCUAUUCAAAUAUUUUGAAUUCAACUAAAGACGAAGAUUUUGAAAACAUGAAUGUUGCUAAAGAAGAAAUAAAGGUUAUAACAGGUAAGACAACACUCCUUGGAACAUCAGCGCUUUCUGUUUCAGGAGAUGCUUGUGGAAUGCCUUCAAAUCAGCGCAGGUGCCUCUUCAGUGGGAAAACUGGAGGGGAAGAAGCUGUGCCCUCCUCGUGGCCUUUGCACACUUUACAAUUGCAGCCCAGCAUGCAAAUUGCAAAUGAGCACAUCUGUGGGGGAGCAGUCCUUGCCCAAGGAUGGGCUGUCACAGCCGCGCGCUUUUUCAAAAUACUUUUAAUGCAGAUUCCCAAAUUCCCCAUGAUGAAGCAAUCCAGCAGCCUGAACGCUGAUCCUAAUCUGCAUUUACACAACAGCUUUUGGGUGCCUGUCAGCACAGAUCUGUGCCUUCACUGGGCUCCAAAGCUCAGAAUCCCAGAGGAUGUGAGAAAAACGUCAAUCAAGCAGAAUUUUAUACACCCAAACUUUAACUCUGACACUGCCCUGCUGCAACUGGCUGAGCUCUUGGAAGUCACACAAUUCUGUGUGAAUUGGAAUUCACCCCCAUCCAGGGAGGAGGUGCUGGAGCCCUCGAGGAUGUGUGUGGUCACAGGGUGGGGUGCACCUGAAGCAGACAGAGAAAAGGGGAAAAAACUGCAGCAGCUGGAAGUCCCCAUCCUGGGGCCUGAAUAUUACAUAAACCUUCCCAGGAAAGUGACCCUGGGCAUGAUCUGUGCAGGAUUCUCUCUGCAGGAAGGCAAGGAUGAUUGGCGUUUUUCACAGGGUGAUUGUGGAGGCCCAUUAGUUUGUCCUUCAGGAGACAGCUCAGGGCUUUACACUCUCCAUGGAAUCCCUGGCUGGGGCUUGGCAUGUGGAAGGAAGAGCUACCCAGGAGAAUUCACCAAUAUUAGGGGGUUUUUUUUUGACUGGGUGAAGAAGAAUACUAAUAGUAGUGGUAUGUAUGAAAAAAACCCAACAAAAACAACGAUUAAAUGA